AAACGCCUGCUACAAGGGGAUGGUUACGGUUCGGUCACUCAACACCAUGACAUAGUGACGAAAGGCCUUAUGGUACAACGGCGGUGGAGAGAAUGGUUUAGUGAAAAUUUCCAUUCUUUUCAAUAAUUGAAUGAAGUAUCUUUCUACAUCCAUUUCGAAUAAUGGUGGUCACCGUUUUGAGMUAAUGAUGUUACCGCAAUUGUUCUUGUCACUAUGGAUUUUGAUAAACUUKCACGAUAAAAAUAAGACAAGAAACCACAAAACGCUUAAUUGGACGAUUCUUUACUUGUUAAAUUUCGAGAAAAUACUUAGUACUCCCUUGAAGUCCACAAAGCAGGUGAUGAAUUAUAGGUAGUUUGGCCUGAAAAGCAAAAAUAAAAUAACAUAAAAUGUAUAAUCUGCCAACUCUCCAGCGUCAACAUCCUCAGCUCAGACAGCUCAACAACUGGACAGGACAACAUGGUGGAUUGUUUGAUGGUUUAGAGCAAAGAGAAUCCAACUCUACGUCCAAUUCAUAUACUGAAGUAACAGCCGUAGACCUGGGUGAUGGCCGACCGGGUCAUUUGCAAGGAAGAGCUUUGCCUCCUCUCGUUGAAACAGACUUUGUCAAGAACAUUUCUAAGGAAAACAUCUCUGAUGYCAACAGUACAUUAACGCCAGUCUUUGCCAAAGUGUCACCGUUGUCUGCUUUGCCUCCUCUUAAAAUUGCAGGUAAAAGARAGGAUGCACAUGAUGUCAUCGACCAGGCAACAAAACACAUCCAAGACUAUAARGAYGAUGUUCGUCGCAUCGACGAAUGUCUUCAAAUCGCAAAACAACAACAAUCAGACUCYCUCCUUGAAAAGAUGAAAGAACGACAGAUCCUUAAACAAGCAGAGAUCGAGGAAAAGAAACAACGAGAUGCGUUGCAUACAAAAAUAAUGAGAUUUGAAGCGAAGGAAAAGAAGAAKAAGAACGCGAAGAACGAAAAUGACAAAAAUGAAAUCGUGAAAGGUCGAAAGAAAGCAAGAAAUGACGUAGAAUAUGACGAUGUUUAUGAUAUAAAGCAUGAUGUCGCCAAUAACGUCAAAUAUAACGUAGAUGAGAAACUAAAACGCAGCACCGACRAAGCAGAAUACGACAAAGUUUAUGAUAUGAAGCAUGACGUCAUUCAUGACGUCAAAAAUGAUGUCAUAAAUAAGGAGGCCAGAGAUGACAUCAAUGGGGCCGAAUAUGACGACGUUUAUGAUAUAACACGUGGCGUUGUUAAUGAAGUGAAAAAAGAUGUCAUAAAUAAGGGGGCAAGAGAUGACAUCAAGGGAGCAGAAUAUGACAAAGUUUAUAAAAUAAAAAAUGACACAAUCAAUGUCGUCAAAUUUGACGUAAAUAAGAAUGCAAAAGAUGACAUCAUUGAGACAGAGCAUGACAAAGUCCGAAAGAUAAAACAUGACUUAACUAAUACAGUCAAACAUGAAAUAAAUGAUGAGGCAAGAUAUGAUACAAACCAGGAAGAGACCGCUGGAAAUCAAUAUGACAGUAACACCGCAAGUACUACAUGUCUUUACAACAAAAAGGAAGAACCAGCCCAGAUAUUCAGUAAUACACACUUUACUGACGUUAAUCAUGCAUUGGGACAAAGACAAGACAGCAUCCAAUGGAUCAAAGUCGAGGGGAAAAGAAAGAAAUCUUUAAAAAAGCUCAUCAAGUUUGCUGUGGUCUUCCUGGUGAUCGUUUUGUUUGGAAUUCUGCUCAUUGCCAUCAAAAAAUCUAGACCAAUCACAGAUGAAGUGGCUCGUAACGAGUCCAUUGGUGGAACGGGAUCGGUUGGGUCACAGCACGGUAACAACACUGAAGAACAAGAUGAAGCAGUGAAAGUUGCAUCACCAUCAUUACCUUGGAGUAGUGUUGCCAGCAUGGAUGAAACCGAAGCUUUACCGACAACGAUCCAUUAUAGCACUGCCACGCUGGAGAGUACUGAUUGGUCAGCGGCAGACGAAACAACCGCUUUAUCGUCUCGCACAAUCACUACGUCAUUCCCAAUCGUCACAUCAACACAAAUAUAUUCCUUUGGCGUAACGCAACAGUCAAUGUCACGCACUCCGUCGCCACAGAAAAUCCCUAUUUCUGCGUCGGUAAAACGUUCAAUGUCACAUACUCCCUUGGUACAAUCACUAUCGCCCUCUGUAAAAUCAAUGAUGUCACACAGUCCAUUGAUGCAACCACUGCCUAUAGAGUCAUCCAUGUCACACACUCCCUUGGUACAAUCAUCAUCUUCCUCUGUAAAAUCAAUGAUGUCACACAGUCCAUUGAUGCAACCAUUGUCUAAAGAGUCACCCAUGUCACACACUAUCUCGAUAAAACCAGUGCCUUCCUCCGUAACACAACAUGCAAUGAUGUCACGCUAUCCCUCGAUACUAGAAAGUAAAACAUUACCAAGUAUCUCAAUUCACGAAGCCUCUUCCUCGACUAAGCCAAUCUCCACAGCAGUAGUUUACACUACAAGACCAUCCCCUGGUGAAUCCCUCGCGACGCCAAGGAGUGUGACAAGUAUUAGUCAGACGUCACUGUCACUAUCUUCAACUUCUUCCUGGACAUAUGAAGUCGAUGAGACUGUCACAGACGCUGAAUACGUCUGCUCGGUGACUUCCACAACCACCGAUGUUGACGCCUUAUGGAGAAAAAUCAAAAAAUUGAGUAAUAAAAUCCACAGAAUGCUUCUCCAUCGUUAUUAUUAUUACCACUUAAUAAGGGCGGGCUAUUACCGACGCCGCGGGAAAAAGCUGCUGGACAAAGUGUGCGACUUAAUACAACAUCCUGGAAAUGGUGGUAUGGUACUGAUUGACCUUCAAACAAUGGCUCAACGGUUAAUGGAUUUACUGGAAAUAACGUAUAGUUGUGUCUAAAAACAUCAACAUCGUGAUUCUAACGCUUAACAUCAUGCGUUGUUGCGCGCAUUUUUGAAUUUACAAUCACGAAGAAGUCCAAGUUUAAUUUAUUGGUCAACAGAUUACAUAUAUUCAUUUUGCAUGAAAAAUAGCAUUAUAUAUAUUAUGUAUAAUCAAACAUCAUGUGCCUCUAUAGGUAUAAAGUAAAACAUCAGUCCUCACCCUGGUUUUGCRCCUUUUCAAGGCAAUAUUAGRAACAGUGUAAAAACGCCACGAUAACACAACAGUAUUGCUGAGAACAGUUGUAAAUAGACUUCAAACUUAUCAUCAAAAAUUAACUUCCAUACCUAGAUAACGACAAACAKACUAAUAUACAAGAGCUGAUAAUAAAAGCUCACAGACAGACAGACAGACAACAAGACAGAUACUCAGACAGAAUUAUCAUUCUGAUAAUCAAGUCAGUCAUUAAUUGAAAGUUAUCUUUAACUUAAUCAAUACACCUAUGUCAUGUAAAAUGUACAAAAAAAACUUCCUUAAGAUAUCAUUAAAAACUUUGGCAUGAA